CCUCACGUCCGACUGUCAGACUUCCAGCGCAGAGGGCAGCAGUGUGCGCGUCUCCUGCGCAUGCUUUGGUUUAAAGAUACCCAGAGGAAGAUUCUUGGAGCACGCAAAGCUCAGUUUAUUGUUGUCACUGAAGUACUGACAUUCAGCGCCAAUCUGUUCAGUGUUUGCAGAAACAUAAUUUCUGCGUAAUGGAUUCGCAUCCGCGUCAACCUCCACCUAGGCUCAGCAUACCUCCAAUGCUUACCGUGCAGCAGCCUUUUGACGGCAGGCAACCUAUGUUUUCACCUGUUCUUCCUACUGCUCUCCAGCAUAAUUUUCAUCCUCAACCCUACUUUAUGAAUGGUCCUCCGCUGCAAACACCUAUGCAAACCUUUUUUUCUCAUCAACCACCUCCUGCUCCCGCUCGUCCCACCUACGCGAAUCACCAAGGACAUGCAAGCAUAUCUCAUUUUCCUGGUUACCCACCACCGAGUGCCAUUCCCAUGACUCCCUUGGGUUCUGCUUUUCCACCACACAUGGGCCCGCCAUUUGGACAACCCUUUAUUCCUCGGAAUAGAAGAACUCCAAGCGUUAGCAUAGGUGGUCCGCCAAAAGCACCGCUCGGAGGACCAGGGCGUAAGCAUAGCCCCUUGCCUCCUCCACAUGCUGCACCCACUCCAGCCCCAAAGGGUAAAAAGGUUGUCGUAAAUAUACCAGUGGAGACAAUUCCCGGCGAUAUUGGAGAACUGUCAACGCGUCCGCCAUGGGCACGAACACCGGUAGCUGCAUUGAACGUAGAAGAGCCAGAGGUUAUCGCGCCUGAGAUAACCUCAAUUGAGCUCUAUCCACCAGAAUCGUGGCGGCUAGACAUCCCUGAUACGGUGGACGUAUUUCUUCCUGGCAAGGCUGCGUGGGACGCUAUAAAACUGAAUGUUAUCGAACAGAAGCUUGAGAGGCUGGGUGUAGAGAGAGGUUCAGGAAGUACCCUUCCAAUCCACGCCCCUCAUGCACGUGCAUCAUCGAUUUCAUCUCCUGCCGACCCGUCCCUGCUGCACUUCAAGUUGAAUAAAUUGCAGCAGUCACAGACUGCAUCCUCACUGAAUUCACUGUCGCAUUCGCCUCAGCCACUAUUCAAUUUGUCUCCCUCUCCCCAACAACUUCCUCCCCGAUUCCAAAACAGGCAUGGUCACAGUCUGUCCCUUGCACACCCUCCGUUCCACGAAAAUUUCUACAUUCCAAGCGCGGCAUUCAAUCCUUUUGGGCCGAACGCAGUCCUCGGCUCCGACAGCAUCGAAACAAACUUCUCUGCCGAACCAUUCCCUGCUCCUAUCGAAGGUAUUCAUGCUCCGCAAGGUCGCGUCCCAGUUUCUGUUCCGUCUCUUAUUCCUUCUGGUAUCUCUCGCGGAAGCAGUCGUCCUGAUUUCGUACGCGGGUUUGGCCUCGACAUCCCGGAGGAGGAAGAGCCUCCGGAGGAAGAAGUACCUGCUGACACAGACGACAAUGCUGUAAUUGAUAUGGACGGACUUGAUGGUCAAGAUUCAGGGAGAGAUGCGACAACGGUUGCGCUGAGCAGGUUGCACUCGAGGCAUGUGUCACGACUGUCGGCUGCGCUAUCAUUACGGUCAGUUGGUGGCGUCACGGAAGGCGCUAUGUCUGAGGUUAAGUUGGUGCCCAUUCGGAGUCCGGCUGGCAACCCAGGCAUUGAUGACCUUGACAAAGAGGCAGUUGGAGAGUGGACGGGAUCGGAGGACAUGCACGUAGAUAAGGAACAAUCAGACGAUGAGGAGAGCAUUGGCGAGUGGUCGAACCCCUCGGACGAAGAGCGGGCUCGUCAAAAUCGGGUUCAACGCCGUAUUUUGCGCCAAAGGAAACAUGAAGCUGAGAAACCCAGACGUCUCCCAAACUUUCCUGUUCCCCCAGGUGGUGGGCUGGGCAUGUCUUUGCGUGGUGACUACGAUCUUGUCUCGAAUCCAAGCGAGGAGGAUCACCGAGGAGAACUGCAUACGGCAUUUCUCGGCGUGGAUCCGUCAGAUUUCCCAGUUAGACCGUUGUCGGCGUCUACAACUGGAAGGCGACCUCUCCCCCCUCUCCCCCACUCCCGUGGUCAAUCAGGACAAUACUCGGUACAUGACCCCGCCCUCGCUCACUCGCGAAAUGUCUCGGAGCAGCUCGACGUCCACAGUGAAGGACCGGCCCCUAUCCCACAGUCAUCUUCAUCUGGGGCGCUCAAUCCACACGCGAAGCCUUUCGUGUUUGGUUCAGCCAGGCAAUCUGGUUCAUGGUCCCUUGAGGCGGCACCGCUGCAGGUUCCCGCUCUUAGCCAUACACGCAUUCCAUCCCUCGGAAAGCCACUCAACGCGGCUGCACAAGAGUUCAAGCCUACAGGGUUCACAUUUCGUCCGCCACCUGGGGUGCCUCGUAUGGCCUUCCCCGCACCUGAGCCUUCACGGCCUCUGCCGGUCCCGCCGGCACGUGCUCAACAGGGACGGGAGAAAAGGCAGCGUCGUGGAUCCUGCUCAUCAUUUGAUGAAGAUGAGGAUGAUAGUGGCAAGGAGAAUAUGGCCUCAUUUAGAUUCCCUACAUUGGGCGAGACUCCGCGCAGCCGUCGCUCUGCUCCUACAUCGCCAUGGACGUUGGGAUCGAGAGAUUUCAACACAAGUGCUGGGCCACUGCAACCUCUCACGUUUUCUGGGUUCUCCACUCUUGCCUUGCCUGAUGAAGAUGGAGCGCAGGAGAUUGAGAUAUCUGGACACGCACAGACAACCGGCAACUUUGAAUCACCCCAGAACGAUGACUUCCUUGGCAUUCCAAGCACGUUCCCAUCGAUUGCACCUACGAGGCCGAAACGCGCACCUAUCCCGUUAGAUUUCAAGAAUCCUACCCCCAGCAACACACUGCCUGCUGGUGUCUUCAAAGCUCUGGUGGGUGAUGAGAAAACUCGCCGUACUGUGCGCUCUCGGCUGAGUUCCCGCGAGAUAUUCGAGCACUCGCAGCGGCCGUCCCUCGACGAUCUUGCAGCGCCCGCCAUAUCGAUGUUACAGCAACGUUCGCAAUCGCGGCUUGUCACUGACCCCGGACUUCAACGUCAACCGUUUGAGUCUCCUGACAUAUUUACGCCUGCUAUCAAACGUCGCUCCUCGUUGCCUGCAUUGCAUAGCGCCCAUAACUCUCACACCUCGGAGCUUUCAAAUGUUUCUAUUCCUGCCCUUAAUCUCACGAAGCGUCUCAAGGCGCAAGCUUUAGAGGAUAAAAUUGAGGCAUCAUUGACCGAGAAAUUCCAAGCGCUCAGAGUCGAGCUCGCUCGGGACAGAACGUCGACGAGUGGACCAUCCAUCAGCCCUGCUACAGAAGAUAUGAUCACGGAGGUUGUUGGCUUGUUCCGUACCCAGCUCCAGGAGUCUGCUGCUCGUGGCCUCGACGAUAGCCAGAUGGACGCCCGUGGCGAACUGGACCUUGCAGUCAUCCGCGAUGUGUUGCGCGAGCUCGUGAAUCGCCUCGAGCAAGUUAUACCUACGGGAUCAUCUACAGAUGUUGUUGCCGCUCUGGAACCAUUGAAGAAGAACAUGCAGGACAUUCUUGACAACAUUGGGCAGCUGUCGUCACAAAUCGACAAACACUCUGGUCCUUUCGCAGACAAACCUGAACGGCUAGCCCUGAUUGGUGAUAUCAUGACUGCUCUGGCACCCACCUUCAUGGCCCUGCGACCUGAAGCUGUCGACUAUAAUACCCUCACAGCCCAGCUCAGUCAAGCCGUCAAGCCGAACAUCGAGCAGUUGAUUGACCUCGCAGCCGACAAACGGGAGACCGCCGGGUUGAUCGUGGACAGCAUCAUACCUCUGCUGCCCAAGGUGACGCUGGAUACUGAAGAGGUGAUUGCCCAAAUCACUACUGAAGUUCGCCGUGUCAUUGCCCCCAUCGACGCGCAUGAAAUCAAGGAACAAGUGGCUGAUCUAGUGGUGGAGCGUCUGGACUCUCGUCUUGCUGUUCGUGACAAGGCUUUCAACGUUGAAGUCGUUUCAGGCAAAGUCGCAGAGGGAGUCUCUGGCCUGCUCCAUUCGAUUAAUGAUGUGAUUCCCAAGCUAGAUGCUCUGGGUGAGGCUCAGCAAUUCAUAGUCCAAAAGAGCGAUGAAAUUGCCCUGAAACACACUGAUCUCCAUGCCGUUGUCGCCAGCUUCCCUGCUCAACUUGAUGAUAUCAAGUGCGCUAUGCGGUUAAGCAGUCAAGAGCUGCAAGCCCAAGCGUCGCCGCAGAGUAAUGAAGAAGUCCUAUCGGCUAUCCACCGGUUGGAGGUUGCUAUCAACUCCCUGGCUAGCACCCAUCUGCCCUCCUCAACACAAAACGACGAGCUUCUCUCGAUGCACAAGUCCCUCCGCGAGGAUCUUUCUGAACGCAUGGAUGCGCUACCUGAGGCGUUACAUGUAGCCGGACGCCUCGAAAGAGACCAGGAAGAGAUUCGUAAACUCAAGGCAGCGAAUGCUGAACACCAGGCACAUGUGGCAAAGGCUCGUGGAGCCCAUGGCCAAGUCCGGGUGGAGAAAGACAACCUCGCUGAACGCCUCAAGGAUAUUGAGUCUGAGAGAGAUAGGCUCCGUGCUCAGGUUGAAGAACUCCAGAGUGCUAUCAAAACCCAGAGCACAGAUAUUGCUGCCGUCGGGUCGCGGAAUUCUGAACUAGAGGGAGCGCUUUCCCAAAGCCUUGCACGCCUUAAAGCUUCAGAUGUUGCAACACAUACCAAUCAAGAACGAAUUAGCGAAUUGGAGAAGGCGAACAAGGAGGCAUUGGCUGAGCAAGCCAACCUCAAUUCCAAGGUUGCGGAAUUGGACGCAUCAGUGAAGCUUGUGACACAUGAGAAGGCCUUGGCUGUGCAUACUUUUGAACUCCUCCAGAAAGAGCACGAGCAUCUGCUUUCACAACAGAGCCAUUGGGACGACCUCCAUCGCGCGGCAGAACAAAUUGGCAUGCUCACUACCCUUAUGGACCAGGCUAGCAAUGAAGAACUUAAGGAACUCCGACGCACGAGUCGCAUCCUUGAAAGCGAGCACGCAGCGCUUCAAAAGCGUUUCAGGGAACAGGAACACAAAGUUUCCAACGCUGAACGCACUGCAAUCGCCGCCAGGCAGAACUUGGUCCAAGCCCAACAGCGUUCCUCUGAGUGGGAGAACCGCGCGAGCGAGUAUGAGGAGCAAGUUCAUGCUCAACUUGAUGCGGAUUAUUCCUUUGUAAAGCUUCAACUGGAAGAAAAGGAAGCAGAGGACCGCUUGGUUAAGGACCGAGAACAAAAGUUACGCGAUCAGGUUGCAAACUUCGAGGCUCAAGUUGCUCGGCUUGAAACUGACCUUUCGAAGGCCAAGGCGACCCCAGCUCCAUCUAUGGCGUCCUCAUAUAUCAAAAUUGGACAUACAGAGUCUCCCCCACGUCCUGAUUCGCGUUCAAGUACUGUCUGUUCUGGAGACAGAUCAAGUACACCAGUUGCGCAGAUGAAUGGCUCUAGCCUACCUCGUAACGAUACUCCUCCUAAAUCAUCUCCGUCCGUUCGGGACUCAAUGCAUGCACCACGUACAUUUUCCCAGUUUGGUUCCGUCGUACCUGCCACUCCUCAGCCCAGGCGACUCAUCGGAGCAUAUCGACCUCAAUCUGUUGUCUCUCAAUACUCCUCGCGGUCAGUGGCAUCCCCGACGCCAAGUACAGUUUCAAUCAUACCGGACGACGAUGGCUGGUACUCGUAACUCGUUCGAUACCAUCCGCAUUUGCUCAUUUCGACCUCAUGAUAUCCUGAUCUAAUCGAUGGUCUUGCUUUUUAGCCUUAGUUUUGCCGCAUUUCCUUUAUAUAUCCAUUCAUUUCA